CUUCUCUAUCUCUCUUUCACAAGCAGCAGAAAAGCAGAACCGAACAGUACAGACCAAGAGAAGUUUUUGAAGCAAAGACGAUAAAAUUUCACAGCCGAUUGAACAGAUUGAAGAUUGGAACAUUCGAGAAAGUGUAGAAUAAGCUAUAAACAAGCUGGUGAAGAAAGUUGCUGCAGACCACUAGACCAAUCUUGGAAUUGCGGGAAGAGAGGAAUUUAUAUCAUACGGCCCCCAAGAAUCAGAUCAUCGAGAUGAAUACAUGGUGCAGUACUAACGACUCCAGCGAAGUGGAAGAAAUAGCUGAUAAAAUAACUACAUCAAUAUAUCAUGAAUCUGGCGAACCUGAUUACAGUGGAACAAUAAUUACCUGCCUUUCGUGUGGCCAUCCAAUCGAGCUCUACAAUCAGGGUCAGAUUCAUGAGCUGCAAGGGCUACCAGCUGGGGUGAAGUUCGAUCCCACGGACCAGGAAAUUAUGGAAUAUUUGGAAGCGAAAGUUAUGGAAGAUGGGAUAAGGCUACAUGCUCUCAUUGAUGAAUUCAUCAAAACCCUAGAAGGCGACAAUGGUAUUUGCUGUGCUCACCCCGAGAAACUACCUGGAGUGAGAAGAGAUGGCCAAAUCCGCCACUUUUUCCACCGGCCUUCGAAGGCGUACACCACUGGGACCAGGAAGCGAAGAAGAGUCCACAUGGGCAAAAACACCGAGGGCGAGACCCGGUGGCACAAGACAGGCAAGACCAGGCCAAUCAUCGCUGGUGGCAAGGUUAAAGGGUUUAAGAAAAUCCUUGUCCUCUACACGAACUACGGGAGGCAGAGGAAGCCCGAGAAGACAAACUGGGUGAUGCACCAGUAUCACCUCGGCGAUAACGAAGAGGAGAAAGAUGGAGAAUUAGUAGUCUCCAAAGUGCUCUACCAGACACAACCUAAGCAAUGCGGCCAGAAGAGAAAGAAGGAAAUGGAAACUACAACUAAUCACAGUAGGGAUCAAAGCUUGCAUGGGAAGCGACUACCCGAAGAUCGGUAUCACUACAACAAUUACACCCCUGUUCAAGGUGGUCGUGAGUCCAUUUCUAACGACCAAAUUAGCCCAGCUCAAUUGAGGCUGAUUCCAAACUCGAUCAUUCGGCAGGAAGACGAGUCCUCCUUUGCUGAUCAGUUCACCAAGAUGCAGGAAGAGAAUUCAUGAGGAAUACAUCGUAAUCGAGCUCGAGCAAAUAUGAUGGCGGUAAGGAGAGAAGAGAGGACCAAGCCCCCAAAACAACGAGCGAACGACCCGAAGAACCUUAGGAAUCCACCUAAGUUAUUCGAAGUCAGAGAAGAACAACUCAAAGAAUGAGUUACUCUAGAAUAUAAAUUGAUUACUUCAAAGAUGACUUCCCAUGUCCUUACACGAUCAUCCUAUUUAUAGAACAAGGAUACAAUGACUUUUAAC